AUGUCGACCCCCAACUCUCAAAAACAAUCACUUCCUCCGCCCUCCAGAAACAACGCGGCUUCUCCGCAAGUAACCUCUGAAGGUGUUGAACUCGAACCUGUGCAGAAUGGCCCGGUGGAACGAAGCCUCCCUUUGGAGGAGGACAUUAUGCAAUGCGCCCGCAUUGGCGCUCUUGAACAUAUUCAAAAGAUGAUUCAGUCCGGAAAAUACACAGCGACGUACAAGGAUGAAGAAGGCAUCACUCCUCUCCAUUGGGCUGCUAUCAACAACCAAUAUGCAGUGUGUAAAUACCUACUUGAGCAGGGUGCAGAUGUCAAUGCAAAAGGAGGAGAGUCCAAUGCGACAGCCGUGAUGUGGGCGUCUCAGCGAUGUCACUUCUAUAUCGUCAACCUUUUGCUACAAAACGGCGCGGAUCCUCUAUUGACCGACGGUCAAGGCUACAACAUCCUCCAUCUUGCUACCAUUGACGGGAAUGCCCUCCUGCUCAUUCUACUGUUGCACCAGAAUAUUCCUGUCGAUAUCCCGGAUCCUCAAGGACACACCAGCUUGAUGUGGGCAGGAUACAAGGGUUGGCCUGCGUGCGUUGACCUCCUUUUGCGUUGGGGCGCAAACGUGAAUGCAAAAGAUGACAAUGGAUAUACUCCUCUACACUGGGCUCUGGUGAAAGGCUCGAAGGCCUGCUUGGAUAGACUACUGGAGUACGGAGCUGACAGAUUCGCGAAGACCAACGAGGGCAAGACACCAAGCGACUGUGCCGAUGAGAUGAACACGAAACGCGUCUACCGUCGCUCGUUAGCCGACCAUGGCUAUGAUGCCUCGGGAAAUGUCAAGACUCUCCCAUUAGGGCUACAUACUGCAGUUCGCGACCGAUCUGUGAUGGCCAAGUUUUUCUUCCUCUAUCCCUUCACGAUCAUCCCAAUCGGACUUUACAUCAUAAGUCACCUCAGCAUCUUUAUUGGUCUUCCAGUGUUUUUGGUGGUGUGCUUGGGAAUGCAGUACAUUGCGCAGCGGAUCGCAAUGAUCAGCCACCUCGAAUAUCACACCAUCCAUAAAACGCCCUAUCUGGCCGGCAUUUUUGCUGGCACGUUGUUUUGGGUCGGCUUCAGCUAUCUCACGACCAUACUACCUGUCACGUUCUCCUCGAACUUCUUGUCCAACUUGUCUUUCGUGAUUUUCUAUGCUGGCACAGGGUACUUCUACUUCCUAGCCAUGCUUGAAGAUCCCGGAUGGGUUCCUAAACUUGCAUCACGAAACCAGCAACGCGCCAUGAUCGAAGAGCUGUUCUCGCUCUGGAAAUUUGACGAAGAGAAUUUUUGUGUUCAAUGCAUGGUUCGCAAGCCUCUCAGGUCCAAACACUGUCGCCGCUGUCAUCGCUGCGUGGCCAAGCAAGACCACCAUUGCCCCUGGAUACAUAAUUGCGUGGGAAACAAUAACCUGCGCCAUUUUUACAUUUACAUUCUUUGUUUGGAGGUGGGCAUCGUCCUGUAUGUUCGACUGGUCCUCGCCUACCUCACUCAGCUCCCUAGUCCGACCGAGGACGCUGUGUCGAAGUGCAACAUUCUCGGCCCCGCGUUAUGCGGAUUCGUACUUCGCGAUCCCUGGACCGUUGCACUUGCAUUGUGGACGGUGCUCCAGCUCAUUUGGGUUACGAUGUUGCUAGUUGUGCAAUCAGUCCAGAUCUCCAAGAACAUGACAACCUAUGAGAACAUGAAACGCCACGAACACACUAGGGAAAAUGGACCGUUACUGCCGCAGCACGUGCGACCGGUCAUUCAGGGUGCCACGACCGGCACGUCGUCCCUCAACGACACCGCGGCUGCUUCAACACGAAUCCAUCCUGUCCCGAGACGCCCCGAGGGCUGCCUUUCGCGGUGGAAGAAAAUUAUCGGUCUGGAUGCCUUCUUGGCCACCGCGUCAGACGCAUCGCAUGGCAAACUCCAGUCUCGAAAUGCGAAUCCGUUCAGUCGCGGCAUCGUCGGCAACUGCAAGGACUUUUGGUGUGAUCCGGCACCUGUGUUUGGCAAGAGGAAGAACGGAGAUGGCUUCCUCGGUGGCGAAGUCGUCGACUAUGCACACUUGUACGAUGUCCCUCUGAGACUUCGGAGCGGCGCUGGCGGGAUGGCAUAUACCAGCGUUGCGACGGAUGAUGAUGAGUCAUGA